AAAUAUUAUCCUUCCCUGGAGGGAAAUACUCUGUUCCCACCAAGGGAGUCAAUAUUAAAUUAUAUUUCCAUCCCUUUUGCUUGUAUAUUACUGUAUUUUUCGCUCCGUAAGACGCACCUGAUCAUAAGACGCACUGAACUAAUGGACUGCAGACAUAGUACAUGAGAUGACCAGAGACUGUGGACUGCAGACACAGUACAGGAGAUGACCAGAGACUGCGGACAUAGUACAGGAGAUGACCAGAGACUGCAGACAUAGUACAGGAGAUGACCAGAGACUGCAGACACAGUACAGGAGAUGACCAGAGACUGCAGACACAGUACAGGAGAUGACCAGAGACUGCGGACAUAGUAGAG